CUACCAUCUCUGUUUACUAAGGAUUUUGGAACAAAGGUCACUGAUUAUGUUACUUUAAAUGAUAGUAAUGACAACAAAUUUGAGGUUUUGGUGCAACAAAAGGAGAAUAACCUCUAUUUCACACAAGGGUGGUCCGAGUUACAUAAUUUUUAUAAUCUCAGAUUUGGUGCUUGGGUAACUUUGGUCUAUUUAGAACCUAGUAGGUUUGUUAUGCGAUUGAAAGACAGGUUCGGAAAAGAUGUUGUAGUACCAAAUUAUAAUCCACCACGUAAAUACACCCUUCAUCGUGAAGAUUCCCAAAACCAUAAUAUUUUUGGUCUGGCAAGGUUUCGUGAAACUCUAUCAUAUCAUCAUGAAAACGGUUAUUUUCAACAUGCAUUUGUGAAAUGGUUGGAUGUAUCUGAUGUUACAUCCGGAUAUCUGGCAAUAUCUUUUAAUGGGUUUGGUGAGUUGGUGAUGACAUCCGAUUGUACAGAAUUUUCAUUGGUUGAUGAUUCUGGACAUAAAUGGUUAUGCACAGUUGAUUUAGUUUUUGAUUCAAUCAAAUAUUUCAAGAUAGGCGGACAAUGGCAGAACUUUUGCGAAUGUAGAAGCCUAUGUGAAGGAACAAUUAUCAAGAUUGGUGCCCCAAAAUUAGGAAUUAAUAGAAUCUUUUACAUUACUCUGAAAGUGCUCUAGGGAUCUUUGCGUGUGCCUCUUUAAUGUAUUUAUGAAAUUUUAUGUUAUCUUAUUUCAGUUUAAUGAUAAAUGAAUUAGAAGUUAACCUUCA